GCUUAUAAGUGACACACGCAUCGCUUUUUGCUAAGGAAGAGGAAGGUGUUGUUUCCCAGACGCCGUAGAAAAUUGGGGAAAAAAUCGCAGUAAACUCGUCGAAUCGCGGACGGAUACUGGUACUGGAACGGGUACUGAAAGAGAGGCGUGAUGAGGUUUUCGUAGGAGGACACCCACUUCAUCUGACCCCUGAGGAAGACCGAGCAGCAGGAAAACAUGAGGCUUGAGUGAGAUGGGAUUUACAGGUGAGUCAGAAACCAAGCUGAUGGGGAGACGUCUGGAGGAAGAGAAGAAAGACCCACAAACACACACAAAGGUUUGAGAGAGCUCCAGUAAUGUGCCAUGGGGUACGACGUCACCAGGUUCCAGGGGGAAGUAGAUGAGGAUCUGCUUUGUCCCAUUUGCAGCGGAGUGCUGGAGGAGCCAGUGCAGGCCCCGCACUGUGAGCAUGCCUUCUGUAACGCCUGCAUCACGCAGUGGUUUGCGCAGCAGCAGAUCUGCCCAGUGGACCGCACCGUGGUGACGCUGGCCCACCUUCGGCCGGUGCCACGCAUCAUGCGCAACAUGCUGUCCAAGCUGCAGAUCUCCUGCGAUAACGCCAGCUUCGGCUGCACGGCAACGCUGCGCCUCGACCAGCUCCAGUCUCACCUCAAAGACUGCGAGCACAACCCCAAACGACCCGUCGUCUGUGAGGAAGGCUGCGGGUUGGAGAUGCCCAAAGACGAGGUGCCGAACCACAACUGCAUCAAGCACCUGCGCAGUGUAGUGCAGCAGCAGCAGACCAAGAUCGCAGACUUGGAGAAAACCGCAGCUGAGCACAAACACCAGCUGGCGGAGCAGAAACGGGACAUCCAGCUCCUCAAAGCCUACAUGAGAGCGAUCCGGAGCGCAAACCCCAACUUGCAGAAUCUGGAGGAGAGCAUCGAGUACAACGAGAUCCUGGAGUGGGUGAACUCGCUGCAGCCCGCCCGCGUGACACGCUGGGGAGGCAUGAUCUCGACACCCGACGCCGUCCUGCAGGCGGUCAUCAAGCGCUCGCUCAUCGACAGCGGAUGUCCUCUCUCCAUUGUCAACGAGCUCAUCGAGAACGCCCACGAGCGCAACUGGCCUCAGGGUCUGGCCACGCUGGAGACGCGCCAAAUGAACCGCCGCUACUACGAGAACUACGUGGCCAAACGCAUCCCGGGCAAACAGGCCGUAGUCGUGAUGGCGUGCGAGAACCAGCACAUGGGCGAGGACAUGAUCCUGGAGCCGGGAUUAGUCAUGAUCUUCGCUCACGGAGUGGAGGAAAUCUUAUAGUCAGGACUGGGGGGGGGGAGGAGAAGAAAAAGAAAAGAGUGAACACUAGAGUUUUUAGAUCUUUACCUCAUUAAAGAAGGUUUACCAACCAACAGGGGAGGAAACGACGUAUGAAGGAACAGAAUGAACUGCGUGUUUGUGCUGAGGAUGAAAAACCUCCAGCCAUCCUGUUGCCUUAAAACGAAAAUAUAUAUAUACAUAUAUAUAUUUAAGCAGACCCUGAAUAGAUACAACCACCACCACCUUGAAAUGUAAACCACAAAGAAAUGCUGGAGCUUUUCUCUUGAAUCACCACUGACUGACUGAGUCUCUUUACCACUUUGUUGUUCACCAAACGUCCUUUUCUUCCAAUUCCUGUAAUAUAACUCGAUCUCUGUGCGUUCUUUGUAAAUAAACACGGAAGAUUUAUGGAAGAAAUAGAAACAUAUAUAUAUAUAUAUAUGUUCUUGGUAUCAUAGCAUAGCUGAGACGGUUUGUUUUUGUUUGUUUUUUCUCUUUCACUCGUGAGGAUUAAGCACCAUUAUGGAGGCUAGGACUCGGAUUAGGGAUAGCUCGUAGGUUAUUUAUAUUGUCAUAUAUAUAUAAAUAUUUACAUUAUAUACAUUAAGCAUCUUAAACGUAUAUAAUGAGGAUAUUUCCUGCUUUUACAUCUGUGCUACAGAAGCUUCAGCUGCAUCAGCCGAUCGCCGUCAAGUCGGCGCGGGUCAGAAAAAUCAGCACAGGGCUCGGAAUGAAGAAACUUAAUAUCUCUGACAUCCGCUAAACUGCCGGCACUUAAAACGAAGGAGCAGGAGAGAAACCGGAGAGCGAGCUCCGUGUGGGCUGUAAUUGUUCAGUUGCCUCUGAACUCUAAGACUUCACGCCUCUGAUUUAUUUUCCGUGUUAAAUACCGUUUUAAAGAAUGACGUCUCCUAAAUAAAAAGCUUUUCAAACAAAAGGUUCCUUCUGAAAAUAACACGGCAUUACCGAGUCGUUUAAAGGAAGCGUGUCCGGUUCGAGGACGUGUGUCUGUUUUUAAAUGGUCAGAAUCGAGACGACUGAAAGAAGCGAGGUCUCCGACGGUCCAAAUCGGUCAGUAGGCUUCACGUUCUCCUCGGAUCCGUCCACUCGUGCAUCUUUCUUCCCCUCAAUGCCACUUAAAGUGUUUCUGCUUCUUUAUUCUUUGUUUCGUGUAAUUGAUCAUUCUGUUAAGAGAAAAAAUAGUGACAAAUUUAUUUUGCAUAUAUAUGUAUAUUUUUUUUGUGUGUCUUGUUGUUGCUGUACAUAGUUGAUUUUAAAAGGAAGCUCCGGUGUAAUUCUCGUGCCGCAGUCGUCUUUCGUUCGCUCCACCAAAGUGUUUUUGCUCAUUGUGAUAUAUAUAUAUAUAUAUAUAUAUCUAUAUAAUUUUUUUUUUUUUUUUUUUUUUUGGUUCUGCAAUGAAAAACAUGAUCUCUUUCUCUCUCAUAUCCCGAUGGUGUAUGUCGUCUUUUUUAGCGUCCCACGAGUUAGAAAAUGGAGAAUAUUUCAUUUAAUGCGGCUGCAUACGUGUGGAGGUGUGAAAACGUUGAGCUUCGGUCAUCGCUGCUGGACAACACUGCGGAAAAGUCUUGGGAGCUUACUAGAUUUAAAAACAAAAAAAUUCCAGGUAUUAAAUUAAUAUAUUAUAGAUAACAGAUGGGGGGGGGGAAGCAAAAAUAAAUCGGUAUUUAAGUUACUUUCAAAAUGAAAUCCUUUUUUUUUUUUUUUUUUUUUAUAAAUAAAUCAGCUGACGUAUAAAAUAAAUAGAGCAAAUUAGGUGAUAAAAUUUGAUAACUUUUCACAGUUCAAAACAUAAUUUGCAGCAUUUUAAAAUUUUUAAAAUAGGAAAUUUUUAAAAAAAUAGGAAAAUGGAGGAAAAAUGUAAUAGAAAUAAUUCUAAAAAUUAAAAUCAUCCUAAAAAUGAAUAUAAAUCAUUCUGAAAAUUUAAAAAUCAUUCUAAACAUUAAAAUAUCAUUCUAGCAAUUAAAAUAAAUAAUUCUAAACAUUUAAAUAUAAAUUAGUUGUAAUUAUAAAUUAAUGAAGUAAUGAUAAAUAACCAUAAAAUAAAUAAUUAAUUUAAAGUUGUAAUAUGAUAAAAAGCUCGGAGAUUUUUUUUUUUUUUUUUUAAUGAUAUUUAAUUUUUUAAAAAUGUUUAAAUGAUUGGACGUUUAAAUUUUGUUCUUUCCUACUGAUAUACCAGUGCAGAAAAAUAAAAAAUAAUAUUUAUUAAAUAAUAAAUCAAUGCCUAAGACUUUUUCCCCUUUGUACUAUACCUUUGCAUGCACAUAACUUUUUAUUUUUCAUUUUUAACAUCUUUAUUGUAUUUUAAACGAUGAUAUUUAAAUAAAAAUAUCCUUAGCGAACAAAUGCAUUGUAAAUAUCUAGCAUUUCACUACAUACAAUUGCGUAUGCAAAUUAGAGGCAGCUUGUGCGGCGAGCCGAUUGGCUGUCAGGUUUCAUGAUGCAAUAACGGCGUUUUGACACGAGCGAGACUUGCUCUGUUAUUUUCGAUGAGGAGUUCACACUUUCACACACACUGUAUGCUCAUAAACCCUGGAAGAAUUGGCUGAUGGACUUCUAUAAAGUUAUUAAAAAAAUGAGUCUGUAAUACUGAUAAGUCAAUUAUACUGUGAAUUUUUACAUCUUGACUAAUCACGAAUAAUCGAGACUCUGCAUAUUUUCAGGCUUCAUUCUGUACAUCCAUCGUCUCCUUAACCCCGUGUGGUGCACGAGGUUCGACGUUUCGGUAUCGCCCUGAGCGUUUCCUUCCCUAAAGUGUGCUUGUGGUGUUCACGGUGAAGAGAGGGAGCGAGUGUAUAGCUAUGACGUGAUGCGAGACUGAUGCGUUGUGUUACUUCAGGGUUUUUCCUGCCCGAUGGUCGUGUCCCAUCCUGUCGAAGUCGAGCUGUCCGGUUUCCCUUUAUUUUCCCCGCGUUAGUGUCGUUAAGGAUGUGACGCUGUUUACCUCUGUCGCUCUGUGUUGUGUGUUUUUUUUGAACAAUAUUAAUAAACAGAUAUUUAUUUCCGAAA